ACGUUAUGUAUCUCUCUCCUAGUCGUUUCCGAGCAUUCGAAUAAAGCCUGGACAGUCGAUCAGUUCGCCCGUAUCUAUCUGUCAUUUCACUCGUCGAGCAGAAAUGGUUUCAUCACCAUGGACGGAGGAAUGGCAAGAAUUCGCAAAGACAAUGGGCGCCCCGCCAGUCUUACCAGAAGACCUUGAAUUGCAGCAGGCCGCCGCUAACCAGAUCUUCACCACAUUGGCGGGGCUUCAGCCGCCUCUGCCGGAGACUAUCAUCAGUAGAAGGACUGACAGCGACGCAGAGGAUAUGCAGAUACCAAACGGUCCAAAAGUCCGCGUCUAUCGGCCUGGUACCACGAAUGAAGAACCAUUGCCGAUGAUCAUCUUCUGCCACGGCGGCGGUUGGGUGGCAGGCAACCUGGACACCGAAGAUCGCGGGUGUCGUAUCAUAGCCAGUAUGACGGAGUCAUGGGUUGUUGCGGUCGAUUAUCGAUGCGGAAUGCAAGUGUCACUUGAGGAGGAAGUCGACGAUUGCUAUCGCGCGUUCGAAUGGGCGAGAGGACGUGCCCGUGCACAUGGCGCCGAUCCCGACAAGAUGGUCGUCUGGGGCGGGUCUGCGGGAGGCUCUCUCGCGCAAGCAGUCGUCUAUCGCCUGGUCCAAGAAGGCAAGGGAUCCCAAGUAGCAGGGCUAGCACUUAUGUGCCCGGUCGUGCUGCAUCCCGACGCGACGCCCGAGAAGUACAAGCACCUCAACUCUUCCUAUACCGAGAACGCGGGCCCGCUGCCCUUCAUUUCCGCCGCAGAUGCCUAUUCCAUCUACGAGCGACGAGAUCUUGCCCCGCCGAACACACACAUCAAUCUCUUCCCCGUCGCAGGCGGGCCAGAUGCUGUUCGCGGCUUUCCUCCGACGUAUGUGGUGUCGAGUGACAAUGACGCUACGCGGGACGAUUGCACGGUGCUAGCGGCGGUGCUGAAGGAUGCUGGCGUGCCUGUCAAGCAUGAGAACAUCAUGGGACUGGCGCAUUACUUUUGGAUCUUCAACCUGCCCAUGGCAAAUCGGGAUUUCUGGUCGAAAUUGGCGAAGGGGAUUUUGUGGACUUUGAUGCAGGGGCGCAGCGCAUAA